AAAGUACUUUCCCUAUUUACCUUGGGAUACCAUGCGUAGAUAAGCAGAGAUAACGGCAUUGUUAAACUCCAAUUAAAAGAGUCAAACACCCAUGAGCCAGCCAACAAGCUCAAGAGGCUCUCCGGGGUAUUUGUCAUGAUGGUAAAGUCCAAUCUGAAAAGUCCAUAGAAAAUUCUGAUCUUGGCAUGAAAUUGAGCGAUUCUCCAUGCCGAAGCGCAGAUUUCUUCAAGAAACUUUGCUGGUCAUGGCAAUGCGUAAUGGCGAGGACAUGCACCAAACUGCAAUGGGAAUUGGCAAACGUCGAGUCGUGCCAACGAAAUUGGUUGGCAAAUGACAAAACCCGUAUACCCCGGAGAGGGCGUUGCGGUAGCUUGGAAGAUUCAGGGUCCCUCGACAAGUAAAUGAACAAGCUGUAGUCCAAUUUUAGAUCUAGACUCUCAAC